CUACAUUUUCCAAUUAGUUCAAACUUCAAACAAAGAAAUGGCAUUGGCUCCUAUUGAUCCAUUAACCUUUGUGGUUCAUCUACUUGCAAUUGCUGGCAUUGUUAUGGUUUUGGUUUGGACCAUACACUUUGGAGGUGGCUUUGCUUGGAAUUCUUCCAACAAAUCUCUCAUCUUCAAUAAUCAUCCUGUUCUUAUGCUAAUUGGAUUAAUAAUUAUAGGAGGUGAAGCUAUUAUAAGUUAUAAAUCACUUCCUUUAAAAAAGGAAAUCAAGAAAUUAAUACACCUUGUUCUACAUGGCAUUGCACUAAUACUUGGAAUAGUUGGAAUUUAUGCUGCUUUCAAGUUUCAUAAUGAAAGUGGAAUUGACAAUCUCUAUAGCUUACAUUCUUGGCUUGGAAUUGGUGUUAUUGUCCUCUAUGGAAUUCAGUGGAUAUUUGGAUUUUUGAUGUUUUUCUAUCCUGGAGGGACAUCAACCCUAAGAAGCAACUCAGUUCCUUGGCACGUUCUAUUUGGGAUGAUUGUUUAUAUUUUGGCUGUUGCAACUGCUUCUCUUGGAUUUUUGGAAGAGCUCACUUUUCAAGAGAUUUUUGGAUUGCCAAAAUAUGGUUCUGAGGCACUACUUGUUAAUUUUACUGCCAUUGUCACAAUUUUAUAUGGUGCAUUUGUUGUAUUAUCUACUGUUUCACAAACUCCUUCUGCUGAUGAUAACUAUGCACCUUUAUAGAUUCCUUUUUGUCUCUCUCAUUUUGUAAUUUGGAAGUAACAAAAAAGAUGUCACUAUGAAAAGUUAUGCCUAUUUAAUGGAAAUAAGGUGUCUUUUCAUAUUUUCUAUUAUUUUCUAUGACUAAGUAUCAUAUAUAAAGAUCAAAAUUUUCCGCAUCGAAGGAGACCUAUUAUGUUC